AUGGCGUUGACUCAUGCCCACGACAGCCCGACAGCAGACCUUCUAGCCCCGCCGUCGACGAACGUCUACUUUGCGAAUCUCGGAGGGUCCACAGGCAGUUUUCAGCAGCCUGCUCCCUCUGCUCCGCCCUGGCCAAACUAUUCUCCCUCUUUGGAUCCUCCGUCCGUACCUUAUCCCCCCGUGACCCCUCAGCAAUUCUCAGCUAUACCACCCUCUCGACGCGAUGUUUGGGACCCCGUUGGUGUCACAGGCCUUCCUGCUGGCAACAACAUGUCUUUGAGCCAGCAGCACCCCGCAAAACGUCAACGAACUGUAAGAGACGGCGAGACUUUGUCAGACAUUGGAGCUCACAUGCACCAUUAUCUGUUUUCAGACUCGGGUUAUGCCACGAGAAGUGUUGGCACAAGAUCCGUUGCAGGCCCGUACCUCAUGGAAAACAAAUUCCAGACAACGCAGCCACUGGACGAUGUCGCCUCUCCUUCCUCUUAUUCUCAGCCUGACACUUACCUCCCAAUCGUUCGUCCUUUUCCUCCCUCCCCUUACCCUCCCACCAUCCCAACCGUUGCCCCAUCACCUGCCCCUCCGGUUGCUCAAGGACUACCGGGCGACAGGAAGCCGCCUCGACCAAAACGACGGCCGCCAAAGUCUGUGCACUGUGACCUCCCUGACUGUAAUUGGACUGGAAAAACACAAUGCGAUCUAAACCAAUUUCCUACACGCAGGAAACAUAUGGAUCGUCACGAGAAACGAUUCAAAUGUGACAUUGCCGACUGUAGACGAAGAGAAGGUUUUGCCACCCCGAACGAUCUGGAUAGGCACAGGAAAUCUGUUCACGGGAUCCUACCAAAGCACGGGAGCGUCAAGGUGUUCAAGUGUUUUGUACGGGGUUGCUCAAAGCGCGAUAAGAUCUGGCCUCGCCCAGAUAAUUUCCGACAGCAUCUGACUCGCGUGCACAAAGGGUGUAAUGUUAAGGAAAUGGUUCGCUUGUCUGACGAGUGGUUUGAAUCUGGGAAGGAUUUGAUACUCGCCGAGUACCUCAAAAACCCCGAUGAGGGCUCGACCUUGACUAGCCAAGGCGAUAUUGACUCUCAGUCACACAUUAACGGCGCGGACCUAGCCCGAGAUGGCAAUCUUUCUUCGGCUGGCUACCAGUUUACUCAGACUGCUUCGAUACAUUCGGGCUCGCUGCUGCAUCAGUCUUUUCGACAUACUGCGCCAACGUCGGGCCCCCAUUCCAUUCAUGCACCUGAGUUAUCAGAGGGUCCACAACCGGAUGACCGUCAGGCUCAUGGAUUCCUGGAGCAAAGUGCUGCGUCGAAAGAUGGCCAAAUCUCAUUGGAAUACUCUGUUGCGCAUGACAACUCAGGUACCGGUGCUCAGUUUCAUUCCCAUAGUGACCAGCCAGGCUCGCCAUCCACAGAGGUGCUCGCUGAAUCAGCAGCUGGCAUUUUCAAAGCGCUGGACAAUGAAAUGAAGAAAGCGCAAUUGCGAACCCGACAGACCAUGCAAAACAGCAAUGGGAAUCAGAAUAAGGAUACCUCUCAAACACCAUCAUUCCUUGAUGUGCUUGCGGCUUCUGGAGAGAAAGAAAGGGAGUUUUUCUAUAUGCAGUUAGCAUCAAAGAAUAUGUCUUUCGAGGCCACUGUGCCAGAGCCUCCCAGCUUGACUCAAACGAGUGAAUCUCGAAGUACUGACAACAGAACAAUAAAGUGUCCUGACUGCCCAACUAUUGUGCGACGUUUAUGCGAUCUGAGGAAGCGUCAUACUCGACCAUAUGGUUGUACUUUCACAGAUUGCGAUAAAAGGUUUGGAAGUAAGAGCGAUUGGAAAAGGCACGAAAAUUCAAAACAUUUCCAGCUUGAAAGCUGGCGCUGCCAUGAACCAGAGAUCGAACAGGCAUUCAAGAACACUGGAUCUUUGGAUACCCGUGAAUGCGCUCGUCAAUUUUUCCGUUCAGAACAGUUUGCCAACCACCUACGCAAAGACCAUGAACUCGGUGAGAGCAGGAUAAGAACCUGCUUGCGUAUAAACAAAAUAGGCAGAAAUGGCCAAGGCCAGUUCUGGUGUGGGUUCUGUCGUAAACUGGUACAAUUGAAAAGCGAGGGCCUGGAUGCUUUUCAGGAUAGGUUUAACCACAUUGACGCCGAGCACUUUAAGAAAGGCCAAAAUAUUGAAGAUUGGCUUCCCCCGUCUGGCCACUUGACAAAGGGAGAGCAGAAACUCAAGGAUUCCUCGUCAAUUAUGGAUAGAACCUCAGAAUCGAGUAGCGAUAUCUCCCUGGCUAUUGACGAAGCCAAUACAAAUGUUGAUGAGAGGACCGUUGCUAUACCAGAAAAUGAAUCUCGGGCCCCUGCUCCACCCGCUCCUCGGCCAAGAUUGCAGAAUGCCGCCCAGGUUUCUGCAUCAACCGUGCGUCCAUCUCGUGUGUCGUCUCAGGCUUCCGGGUUCGCACCUCACCAGGGGUUUGGCGUUCGUGUACCUGGAGCCGGUGGUUUCCACGGCCAAAUGUAUCCAACGGCUUCCUUCCAACCCAUUUCCUCCCAAGCACGUUCAUCCACGCAAAGCUCCCGUUCAGCCCAACGGCAGAUCAUCGCAGAUUCGCUGAUGUCGUUUGCGCCUCCUGUUCAACAAUUUGACCCCCGUGAAGAUCACGAGCAGUGCGUUACUUGCGUAAGCUUCUCCUUCCACACUGAUGAUCGUUGCACUCUUCUCUUUUCGAGGGCUGACAUGUUAUUCGCCCGCGAAUCUAGUGCCACUGCAGGCUCCCGAGUACAUAUACAUUGGCGCUUGAAAGCUAUUGUACCGUGUGCAUGCAUCCUCCUUGUCCACAGUGCCUCUUCGGCAAACUGA